AUGGACAAACUGACUGGCAGAAGGGAUGACACCUCACUGCAAGGCACAGUGACUACUGCCGCGGCCACAAAGAAAGCAGGAGAAGAAGGAGAUGUGACAAUGGAAGUGGUGCUCCCGCGGCUCAUUGAUGCUGCUGUCUCUGCCUUCAACCUGGCUUUCUUGGCAGCCAUGGAGGCCGCUGCCGCAUCACAAAGACAUUUAUUACUCACUAGAAAACAUCAGAAUAAGCCCUUGAUUGUUCUUCAAGAAUGA